AUGGCUGGAAGUGGACAAAGACGUGCUCCUGGUGAAUAUAUUAAUUUGCCUUCGCAUGCAGCAGCUGACGUUGAUGCUUAUUUUGAAUAUCGAGCGAUUGUUGGUGAUGAUGAUGGGGGAAGAGUUUUUAGUCCUCAAGAAUAUGAAGAAUAUAAGAGAAGAGUUCUACCAAUGCGUCUUCACAAUCGGUUAUAUGUAUCAUGGGUCAACCCUCAAGGAAUGGAUUGUAUAUUAAUUGGUCCACAACAUAAAUGUCUUUGUCGACAUAAAUUCUCUGAGCAUAAAACAGAUUUCCCUGAAAUACCAACUGAACGACCAAUACUUAUUUCAUGUAAACAACCUGGUUGUCGUUGUGUUUCAUUUGAAUAUGUUGCAAAUGCAUCGGGUACUAGUGAUCCAAAUUGUCGUUGUAAACAUUCACUUGAUAAUCAUAAUACAAGACCACCAUAUAAAUGCCAAAAAAAUUGUAAUUGUACUGGAUUUUCUGCUCCAUUUACAUGUACAUGUGGUGAAUCAGCAAAUAAACAUAUAACUUUGGUUGAAUCAAAGGAAGAAAGAGAACAACGUGGUCAUCCCACAGGUUAUGCAACACCAUACAAAGCAAUGGGUGGUUUGACAGGAUUUAGUUCCCUAGCUGAAGGUUAUUUAAGACUUGAUCCUAGCGGACGAGGACGACCUGAUGAUGAAUUUCUAAAUCAACCAAUAACUGCUAUGGAUCACCCAAUUCUUCGUUCACAUGCAUCUCAUGAUCCUAAUAGUGCAGAAGCAAAAUCACAAAUGAGACGUCCCGGUGAAUCUGAAUUAGAUUUUUAUGAACGUCGUUAUCAAGAACGAAAUAAACUUUCACGUAGCAUUCGUGCACCACCAAAUCCUUACGAUGCUAAUGCUCAUCUAACUACCGGUACACGAACUGAUAAACCACCACCACGUCGUAUUACUGGUGGCAAAAAAUAG